UGAUAAGAGUAUAAGAUACAUAUUUUUAGAGUACUAAUACAUUUAAAUUAAAUUAAAUGUUAAUUCCUGUUUUUAUUGGAAAAUUAUCAACAAAUAACAGAUCGUAAACUGUCAAAUGUACGAUGAUUGACAGAGUACAGCAACAUAUUAGUAAUAUUUGUUGAGAGAACAAACUUUUUUAUUUCAAACAUAUUGACUAUGUCCGUCAAAAACGAACAUGCUAUAAAUAUUGAUUCUGAAAUAAAAAACACAAGAGGAAUUAUUGAUAAAAAUUGUGCUAAAAAUAAGAGUGAAGAAACUGAAAUAAAAAAAAUUAUUGACACUAAAUUGAAUGUGCCUAUUAAAAAUGAACAUCCAUUAAAUAUUGAUCCUGGAAUAAAAUGUAAAACAGAAUUGGACAAGUUGUCUGAUAAAAUUCAAUAUGAAAAAGCUGACGUAAAAAGUGAUGGAGAUUGUGUUAAUGCUCAAAAUAAAAAAAUUGAAGUGAAAAAUAUUAUUGACUCCAAAAUAAAUUUGCCUGGCAAAAGUGAAAACCUUUUAAUUAUUGAUCCUGAAAUAAAAAAAUGCACAGGAAUUAAGGAUGAUGAUUGUGCUGAAACUCAAGAAAAAAAAAAUGAAUUACGAAAUACUGAUGACACUGAACUAGAACCAGUUGUCAAAGAAAGACCAAUUUUUAGAUGUCAAAAUUGUAACAUGACUGAACAAUACGAUUAUUUUAGUGAUCACACACCAUAUAAUCGUAGUGUAACAACAAAAAUUGAUUACUAUUUGACAAAAGAUCCAUUUUCUCCUCACACUAAAAGGCAAUUCUUGAUUUUAGGAUCAGUUUGUUCUUUAUGUGACAAAGAUGUUUGUGUAAAACCAGAGUGCAGCAUAUUUUAUUCAAAAUUUUAUUGCUCUACUUGUGCAAGGCAAAAUAUUAAAAAUUUUCCAUGUAAUAUUCAAAAUAAAAUAAAUGCAGCAAAACGAAUUUAA